GAGAGAGAGAGAGAGAGAGAGAGAGAACACAUACACCAGAGCCAGAGCAAGCUGGUUGUCAUGGGGGAGGGAUGAUGCUACAAGCUAGGCUUCUCCAAACCUUCUAACAUGAUCAAAUGAGUUACCUUAGCCAGCUUGGUGACUGCUUCGGGUCUGAUAAUCAUCUGUGUAGCAAAGUGGGUAAAAUCAUUCAAUUUCUUCCCUGCUGGCCCUGGAAGGAGAGGGGCUGUGCGCUCAUCCCCACCCAUUAGCUAUGCCCUCUUUUCUCCGAGUGUCGAUUUAAGGAGGCAAGCAGCUGUCUUCUGCUACCGCAUCUUCCUAGCAAACUUUAAAGGGCAUUUUAUCCAAUAGAAAGAACAUCGAAAAUGCUCUGGUCUCUAGUGAUGAAGAAUCUUGGAUUCGACACUUUUCCCAUCCAGAUAUAAUGCACUUUAACUGAAGAAAGCCGAACUGACCUACAAGUCUGUUUCUUAUGGUGCUGGAUCACUCCUACCGAACUGCCCCGAGACCAGCCUUGAGAGAGGGCUCUGACAGACCCAAGUCACCUCCUGACUAUUGCACUUAGCUUUCCCUGGGGACUUAAAUUUGGAAGUAUCCCGUUUCCAUGAUACCCUCCAAGAUGAUGUGUGCUAAUCCUGAAGAAGACCCCUUGGACACUUUUCUCCAGUAUAUUGAGGAUAUGGGGAUGAAAGCAUAUGAUGGUCUGGUUAUUCAAAAUGCAUCCGACAUUGCCCGCGAGAACGAUCGCUUGAGGAAUGAAACAAAUCUGGCUUACCUGAAAGAGAAGAAUGAGAAACGGCGAAGACAGGAAGAAACAAUCAAACGCAUAGGGGGAGACGUAGGGCGAGGCCAGGACGCCAGCUACGCGGGCAAGCAUUUCCGCAUGGGGUUCAUGACGAUGCCUGCUCCACAGGACAGACUCCCACAUCCCUGCUCCAGUGGAUUCACUGUGAGAUCUCAGUCCCUGCACUCCGUCGGGGGCACCGAGGACGACAGCAGUUGUGGAUCCCGGAGACAGCCACCUCCCAAGCCCAAGCGAGACCCCAGCACCAAGCUUAGCACUUCAUCUGAGACAGUCAACAGCACUGCAGCCAGUAAAAGUGGGAGACCUCUGGAAAGGCCAGAAGGUAAACUUACCAUGCCCACUUCCCAGUCAUCUCCAAGGGCUUCAGCUUCCGGGAACCUGUUUCCUUCUCCUGAGUCCCAGGAAAGAAACAUUAAGGUGUCUGCCAAACCAAGACCCCACAGUGACGAAUAUUCAAAGAAAAUCCCCCCUCCAAAACCAAAACGGAAUCCCAACACCCAGCUUAGCACGUCAUUCGAUGAAACCUACAUCAAAAAACAUGUGCCAAGAAGGACCUCGCUCCCACGAGAUUCAUCCCUGUCCCAGGUCUGCAGCCCUGCGGCGGACCCGGAAGAAGAGGAGCCCGUGUACAUCGAGAUGGUGGGUAACAUUCUGAGAGACUUCAGAAAGGAAGAAGACGACCAGAGUGAGGCUGUGUAUGAGGAGAUGAAAUACCCCAUUUUCGACGACCUCGGUCAUGAUUCCAAAUGUGACUUUGACCAUCACAGUUGUUCUUCGCAGUGUGCUACUCCCACGGUGCCUGACUUGGACUUCCUCAAGUCUUCGGGACCAUGUACUCCUAAGGGUCUUCUUUGUGAUAUACCCCCACCCUUCCCCAACUUACUUUCUCAUAGACCGCCCCUGCUGGUGUUCCCACCAGCCCCAGUGCACUGCUCCCCUAAUUCUGAUGAGUCUCCGCUGACCCCUCUAGAGGUCACAAAGCUUCCUGUAUUGGAAAACGUAUCUUACAUGAAGCAGCCACCUGGAGCAUGUCCAUCCUCCCUGCCAUCGCACACCUCCAGCCACACUAAAGACCAGACCGGAGCCCUGGGCCCAGCGCCUGCAGCGUCUGUGCUCUCCUCAUCUCCUCCGCCUCCAUCCACUCUGUACAGAACCCAAUCUCCUCAUGGCUACCCAAAAAGUCAUUCUACCUCCCCAUCCCCCGUCAGCAUGGGGAGGUCCCUGACGCCCUUGAGUCUCAAGAGGCCUCCCCCCUAUGAUGCUGUGCAUUCUGGCAGCCUCUCAAGAAGUUCUUCCUCAGUGCCUCACUCGACCCCCAGACCCGUGUCGCAAGAUGGGGCCAAGAUGGUCAACGCCGCGGUGAAUACCUACAGCGCUGUGCAGAGUGGUUCCAGGUCCCGGACACCAACCAGUCCUUUGGAGGAGCUCACCAGCCUUUUUACCUCAGGGCGUAGCCUGCUGAGGAAGUCAUCCAGCGGCCGAAGGUCCAAAGAGUCUGCAGAGAAAUCCACUGAAGAGCUCAAAGUCCGAAGCCACAGCACCGAGCCAUUACCAAAGUUGGACAGCAAAGAGAGAGGCCAUUAUGGAACAGCUUCCUCCAGAGAGCCAAUGAAAGCUCAAGAAUGGGAUGGAACCCCAGGUCCACCUGUGGUCACCAGCAGAAUGGGCCGAUGUUCUGUGAGCCCUACCUUGUUGGCGGGAAGCCACAGUUCAGAACCUAAAGUAAGCUGCAAGCUUGGCCGGUCUGCAUCUACAUCAGGAGUUCCUCCUCCUUCAGUGACUCCUCUCAGACAAGCCAGUGACCUACAACAGAGCCAGGUGGCAUGCAUGCAGUGGUUUCAUGGAGACCAUACAAUGCUUGAGAUGAUUGAGAAAAAGCGUUGCUUGUGCAAAGAAAUAAAGGCUAGACAGAAAACGGAAAAGGGCCUUUGCAAGCAGGAUAGCAUGCCAAUCCUGCCCAGCUGGAAGAAGAACGCGGGAACAAAGAAGUACAGCCCUCCACCCUAUUCCAAACAGCAAACGAAUGUCUUUGUCCUUCUGCCCACAUUUGGCUUCUGUGGAAGAGCUCACAGAAGCCAGCACUACAUGAGAAGUCACUUUAUAGAGACACUGCCAAUAUCUCCCUCUGCAUGCUGUUGAAGCAAGUUUGGGGUAAAAUGUGAUGGAAUUUUCAGCUACAUAAUAAAUAAGAAAGAAAAGCAAACACCAAGAGGUAAAGUGUGUUAUUUUAAAAUGCAUACGCCUUUUGAAUACAAAAUAAUUGUUUGGACAUAAGAUCGCGUUUCAAAAUAGUGACAGUUUCGAACCAUUGACAAGCAACAGAAUUUUGUUCAAAUGGUUCUAGAAAGCAGACCUAUGUGACAUAUGUGUAGUCUUGUCUACACCCAGAAUUAGGUUGGCUUCCUUUGAACAAGUUCAACAGAAAGUCAACACACCUGAAGAGCCCCAGCUAGUUACUGUUUCAAUAAAGUCAUCAGAAGAAUGCUCCUAUAGAUACAUUUUAUAUCACUUACUUGCUAAACUCAGUCAGGUUCCCAAUGGAGAUCUUAUAAAUUAAUCAUGUUUCCAGUUGAAAUUAAGCCAAAUAUUCCUACAAUUUAUGGAGUAUGUAAUUUGGGAGGGGGUUGUAAGUCUCACUUGAAAAGGAAUGUAGAAAGAAUAGACUAUCAUCCCCUCAUGAAUUAUAUCCCAAAUUUAAAAGGAAAUAAAUGAGAAAUGACACAUCCAGUACAUAGGGAAACUUACAACACCUUCCUAGUUCAGAAUAAUAACUAGCUAAUUGCAUAAUUUGAACAAUUUGUUAGUAAUGCAUCAUUUCUUCAAAAGUUCACUGAAUCAUAUUAUUAGACAGUUUCAGAAGCACUUGGAAUUGAAUAUUGAAAUAAAUGUGUUUUUUGAAAUUAGGGACCUCAAUUAUGCAAUCAUUAAUAUUUUCAAAAUAAAAGGCCAACUGGAGUAUACAUGAUUUCACACGUUUGGCAGUUUUUAAGUGGUUUUAUGCAGCAUUCUUGUUUUCUGGUCAAGUGUACAGUCAAAAUAAAAGAUGAAAAUAGACUAAAUUUAUGUCUAAGUAUAGCAUAUGUGUAUGUGUUAGCUUCUACCUGUACAUUACAAUAUGUACUGCUAUCUGUGUAAAUCAGUAAAAGAUAACACUGUUUUAUCAUGUUACAUGUAGACAUUGUGGCUUGGGGUUUGGAUGGCUUAAAGCCCUCUCAUAUUUGGGUCAAUUCUACUGGAACAAUAAUCUGGAAAAAUGUCUGGUUACAUUUCCUUUUAUGAUUACGAAGCUUCAAAUUUAAAAAAGAACAUUUUACAAAAUAUUGCUGAAUCUAUCUCUAAUAAAAAUAUGAAUAAUCCUUCAAAGUUUUGCGCCCAAAUAUAACUGGGUUUGCCCACCCUACAUGCAUUUAUAUUUAAACAUGUACGCACUCAGAGACAGAAUGCAUACUGUAUAUAAUAUAUAUGACAAUGUUUAGUAUGCACUUCCUUUGUUUGGACUUCUUAACAUUUAUAGUGUAGCAAUUUGUGUAAAGUGCACUGUGAUUAUAAGAAGAAUCAAAGCACAGUACAGUCACACUUUUGUUAUCUUGCACUAAAAGCGUGUUUACGUAUUUAGCAAUUGUAUGUUUACUUUCUUGACUUUUCCAACAUUUGAAACAAAUCGCUAUGAAAAAUGAUAUAAACUAAUUUGUUUUUUAGUGGAUAAUUACACUACAUUUUUAAAAGACAGAGUUUUUAAAGAAAAUCAUUUAACAUCCAUUCCAACAUUAAAAAGUUUACCAUAUCUAAAAAUCUGAAUGUCAUAUUGCAUUUUUCAUAACUCAUUAGCAAUGUCAGGUAUGUGCCUGGAUAUUUGUGCAAAUAAGCAUUAGAUAACAGAUUUCUCUAUUCAUGUAUUCCUAGGCAUUUCUAUAUACAUAAUAAUAUAAACACUGAUGUUUUAAUGUCUCUUAAUUUUGUACUUGAUUUUUUUAGUAAUAUGUAAUUAUAUAUGUACUUUGAUACGACUGAAGUAACCAGAUGUUGUUUGAAAACAAAUUGAUUUCUCUUUAGUGCAUUGACAAUAUUUUAUGAUAUUCUGUGCUUACUUAUUUGUGCUCCCGUGUAAUUACAAUAAAAGCAAUAGUUUAAAUUA